CAGUCACUUGUGUGUGGGCUGCAUGGAAGCGACGCUCAACACGCGGCAAGAUCAGGUUAAAAAACCCCGACUCAUAUUGAUCUGUGGAUGAACCACGAGUUCACAGCGCGGACGCAAAGCUUCCUCCAUCCCCUCCUUCUCCUUGAUGCCUGAGUUAUCUCGCUUUGUGGCCUGACUGAGAAGACCAACCUCCUUUAACUGCAUUGCCUCUGCGUCUGCUGGCUUUUGGCUCCUCAUUCUCCUCUGUUACUGGCAGCUACGUUGUCGAGAAAGUGAUUUUUUUUAUUAUUAUAAUUAUUAUUUUUGUAGAGAGCGUUGAAGUGGACUGACCUGUCCGAAGUUUUUCCUUUCAUUUUUCUCCCGCUUUUUAUUAAAGCUCUCCUCCUAUGGCGAAAUGCAUCUGUUUAGUUCCCUGAUUUAAAACAAAUCCGGGAACUGAGGAGCAGGAUUCAUUUUCAUGCCAAGUAGUGGAUAUUACUUUAGGAUGCAGGGGGGAAGAUGAAGUUGAAUAGUUUAAGUGGCCUUUGGUGCAUAAUCUGAGAUGAGAUAGAUGACCUGCAUCUGCAACGUUGGCUGACUUCCUCACACCAGAGUUGAUCAUUUUCUAUGGGGAACACAUUGAGCUCAAGAUGAGGUGCAUUUGUGACUUUUUGAACUGCACCUAAGAAAAAGAGAGGGGGUGUCCCUCUAUACUGCUUCUACGAGAAGAGACGCCUUUUCCUUUAGCCGUCUUAAGAUUUAGAGUUGUUGCAUCAAAGUGAACAUUGGGAAAACAAAGAAGGCAGUUUUUUUUUUCUUCUAUCCUCCUUGUCGCUGACAUAAAAAAAUAUAUUCCACAGAACGACUUAAAAAUGAAGAAGUUUCGAAAGGUGUUGGACGGUUUGACCACGUCCUCUCCGGGAGGGACUAUAGGGUCCCCAUCGUGUGGGAGCGCGGCCGGGACUCCUACCGCGGCGCCAACUCCUAAGGAAAUCGACGUCCAGGAGACGCUGGUCUCGGAAAACUUUCAGUUGUGUAAGACUGUCCGGCAUGGAUUCCCAUACCAGCCCACAGCUUUGGCCUUUGACCCUGUGCAGAAGAUUCUGGCCAUUGGUUCAAGAUCAGGUGGUGUACGAAUCCAUCCAUCCAACAGCCCAUCCAUCCCCUGGGCCACCCUGUUACAGGGAUGGGAGAGGAUUUGCGAGUGCAGCCCAG